GCAACUUUUCCAGUCUCCCGCAUGGCUCUGGCUUUGCGCUGACAUAUCACCUUGAAGAUAAAAGAUGGAAUUCUAAGAAUUAUAUAAAUGCAUUGAUUUAGUUUAAUUACAGCAGCCACAUCACGUGCACAGACGGAUUUUUCGGACUUGCCAGAGCUUCUUGUCCUUGUAAAUAAUGAUCUCCCCGUGCGUAACAGGACAACCGCUCGGCGCGUAAGUGAACAGCUGUAGUUGCGCCGUUUUUGCAGACGUCCUCAUUUCGUGCAGAAAUGGAUCUGUGGGGAAUUUGGCUGUUUCAUCUCAUAACUUUGGCUCUGUUAGAAGUUAUAAUGGCCGGCAGAGACUGCUUGGAGGCUGGAGACUCAUGCUCGAGUGAUGAGACCUGCAGUCCACGUCUGCGGACUUUGCGUCAAUGUGUGGCGGGUAAUGGCAACAUAAAGCUGGGUCCCAGUGCCAGAAGCCAAUGUGCAAAUGCAGUGUCAGCUCUGCUCUCCAGUCCCUUACAUGGCUGUCAGUGCAAACGGGGCAUGAAAAAGGAGAAGAACUGCCUAAGCAUUUACUGGAGCCUUCAUCAGUCCAUUAUACAUGGACUAAACCUGGUGGAGAGUUACCCCUAUGAGACCAUAGAGCGGGAUCAUGACUACGUCCGCUUGGCUUCUAUCACAGCUGACUCGGAUGUUGGCAUGACAACAGUGAAUCGCUGCUUGGAUGCAGCCAAAGCUUGCAACGUGGACGACCUGUGCCAGAAGCUUCGCACAGAAUACGUCUCAGCUUGCAUCAAACCCACCGCCAAGUCCGGCCUGUGCAACCGAGCUAAAUGCAAUAAGGCUCUGCGCAGGUUCUUUGACCGCGUCCCCGCUGACUACACACACGGGCUGCUCUUCUGCCCGUGCACGGACACGGCAUGUGCAGAGCGGCGGCGGCAGACUAUAGUUCCCAGUUGCUCUUACGAAAGCACGGAAAGGCCCAGCUGUCUCACACAGAUGCGGAUCUGCAAAGCCGACUAUGUGUGCAGGUCUCGCCUGGCACAGUUUCAGUACGACUGUGAACCAUCCAAUAUGGAUUCCACUGGCUGCAAGCAAGCGAACUAUGGAGCCUGUCUCCUCGCCUACACAGGACUUAUCGGAAGUUCAAUAACUCCCAACUAUGUUGACAACUCCACGACGAGUGUGGCUCCGUGGUGCUCCUGCUCGGCCGCUGGCAACCAGAAAGAAGAGUGCUAUGAUUUCCUGGGAUUCUUUACUGACAAUAUCUGUCUCCGAAAUGCCCUUGUGAAAUUUGAAAGUGAAUCAGACCAGCAGCUUCCUCCCAGCCAGUCCAGUGCACCCAACCCAGGAUAUGACAGCAGAGAAAACAGAACCACCACAUCUCCACCAGAUAUCCUACAAACAAUGCGGAAUAUUCUGGAUACAAUAAUACCAACACAGGUCAUGGGAAAUGAGCUGCUUGUGGGUCAGUCCACGCUGCCCUCCAACAGCCUCCCAAACUCUGCUGCACCUCCGUGCUUAAUAAUUCAAGCUGCCUACAGCCUUCUGGUGUUGCUUCUUCAUGUGCUCCACAAUGGAAACUAAAGACUGCAGAAAGGAGCGCUGAGGACCUUCCUCAUGAAGAGCGGAUGGGAGUGCAAGUGAGGAAAAUGGACCUCGUCGGUGUAUCCUCCCUCUUCAUAUGUACAGCAAUUCUGCUUUUUUAUUUUCGUGUCUGAAUGUUUUCGUGGUCCAGCUACACCUAUCAGAGUUCAAGACAUGGAGACGGAAGCCAGUCUGUACAUUUGUAUACUGUUGUUUCAAAUAAGUUGAGUUGAAAAAGUACUGAAUUUAUGCACUAACCCUUCAACUGUCCAAUGUAACAGUUUAAAUUUUCAAGGGUUCUUCUGAAAAUAUAAUGCAGAUUAUGUACAAUACAAAGACACAAAGUGUGAUUUGUGUUAUCAACAGCA